ACUGUUUUCGGUUUUUUGAAUAAAAGUUUUGUUAGUCUAUCCUAAAAGUUGAGUUUCGGCUUUAAAUUAGGAUCUCCUGAAUUUGUCUUUCUUAUCGGGAUAACUGCUGGUGGUAACCGGCCAUGAGCGGACAGGUUCAGAUCGAAGCUGCAGGCACGAGCAGUAGCUUAGUGCCUUCCGUGUUAAUCCCAUCAGCACCAACGGGUUUACCUGCGCAGGGUUCCCUGCUUUCCGCUGGCAAGCCAGCUGAUACUGAAGCUAACGAAACUACCAGUAGUUUACAAGCGGCCAUCCGUUCCACAGUGGCUAAGCAGUACGCUGUAAACAAUGCGUAUCGGAAGCCUAAAGGGAAGAAACGGCCUAAUGCUGAUGACGACCAGAGUAAAGACAGGCCAUCCCGCAGGCCACAGCCACCCAACGAAGAUACGCUCAAGAAGCUGCGAAACGUUGUGGAGGUUAAUCCCUACAGCCAUAGCGUGAAGGACAGCCACGACGCUUGGUGCGAGGUUGUGCUGCUCAGUCGCGAGCGGAUAAGAAACGACGCGGGGGACUUAGUGGUGGAUGCAAGUCCCGUUCUUUUCAAAGAGAUUCAGAGCCUGAAAGCUUUGGUUCGUCGGAAUUCAACAAAAUUUAACGAACGUCAUGUGCGAAUCACCGGCACUGAGGAGGAAUGGGAAGAAUGGGACAAACUGAUGGAGCAGAUAAAAGAGUAUUCUGAAUGUGUGCCAUUGUCUACUCGGGAUCCCGAGAAAGCAGCCAGGGAAGCCGGCCUACAGGCGCGAAUCCGCGCUACUCAAUUGGGUAUGAAAAGUGGAACAACCAAAGAGUCCUGGGACGCUGCGGACGAAGACCAAGCUCGAGAAGAUUUGGAGUUUGAUAUGGGAUUGACGGAUCAUCCCGAUGAUUUGGCCGGGAAUCUUCGCUUUGACGUUGACGAGUUAGCAGAUUUCAACGAAGAUGGUACGGUUGCGGUUUUUACGGCUAGCCGCAAGAAUGGGGUACCCCAUAGCGGAACCAGAGGAGAAACAGUUGUUGCAGUAGAUGGACAGGCACAAUUUCCCGAAAAGCAAACAGCGGCAACCCGCGACGCACGGCUACCCGGAGAACGGUCAAGCGUAUCGGAACCUGCAUCCCCUGCAAGUGAGGACGAGCCCUCUGCUGCUGGUAGUGAUGUCACUAAGAAAGUCGCAAACAGCAACUUCGUUGCGAAAAAACUGUCUAAGCCAGACGAAGCUGCAGCAGCAAGAAAGACUCAUCAAAAGAAAUUGUCAGAAAAAUUGCGUCAAGAGCGAAUAGUAACCAGUCGUCAACAAAUCGUACAGACAUUUACAAGCUUGAAUAAAACUGUGGCUCGGAUGGAACAUGGUGACUCCGAAGAGCGCCGGUUUGAGCGCGUAGAGCGUACAAAGGACAGGGAAGCCGAACGGGAAUCGCGACAAGAAGACCGCGCUCUUCAAUGGAAGUUGGCGCAACAAGAGGCGGAAAUCAAGGAAAAAGACCGCCUGGAGCGCAUCAAGAAAGAAGAAGAAGACAGACUCGAACGCAAAGAAAGUCGAGAUCAACAGUUUCAACUACAGAAGCUUGAAAUUGAGGGCCGCAACAAACAGCAGGAAAGAAUGUUAGAUAUGAUGGAGAAGUUUGUCAGCAAAAAUUAAUUAUUUUUGCAGUGCUUUUACCUGCAUUUACGAUUUGAU